AUGAAGACUCAUUUACUUUUUGCAUUAAUUCUAGGAUCUAUUUUUCACUUCGUUGUAGAUUUAGAUUUCGUAAAAGGAGUAACAAAAAUUGAAAACUAUUCUGGAUGUGAAUAUCUAAAUUUAGACAUUCCAGGCGCAGAAGAUAUUCUCCAAUAUGGAAAUCAUCUCAUUUUUGCAUCUGGUAAUUUGGCUGAAAUCUUUGCUAAAGGCACUCCUGAAUUAAAAUAAGCAUCCUUUUAUAUUGUGUAAAAUGCUCAUCAACAAUCAACACCAAUCUAAAUGCAUAUUGAAGGAUUUCCAUCAAAUGUUGCAUUUUAUCCUCAUGGAUUGCAUCUAUGGAAAAAUAAUUAAAUUUAUUAUAUUUUUGCAGUUAAUCAUGCUUAUAUUUAUGGUGGAGAAAGAGUUGAAGUAUUUCGAAUAAUUGAUGAUCUACAUCUUGAAUAUCAGCAUUCAUUUAUUAUGGGUUAGCAAUAUACAGGAACUCUAAAAGAUUUGAUUGUAGUAUCUCCGGAUAGAUUCUUGAUCACCAAAUUAAUGCCAUACACUGAUCCAAUUGAAGGUCGUAAUUAAUGGGGAUUUGGAAUGAAAAUAAAAAAUUUAGGAGUAAUAACUCUUAAAUUCCAAUAUACAAAUAUAUUAGAUUGUACAUUUGAUUUGAAACACAUUCAAGUUAUCCCAAAUUGUCAUGUUAUAUCCUCGUAAUAAUUUAGUUGGGCAGGAGGUAUAACAUGGGAUUAGGAUAAGACUGUUUGGGUGGGCGAUAAUCUAAGAAAAACCAUUUAUUAAUUUAAAUUAGAGGAAGAAGGCUUAAAAAAAGAACAUACAAUAAAAUUACCUCAUCAAAUAGAUAACAUUAAUUAUGAUGAAAUUAACAAUAAGUUGAUUUUUGCAAUGAAUCCAAAAGGUUAUUAAACAAUACUUUUAAACUUACACUUAAAAGGUAAUGAUUUAAGUAGACAAUCAACCUAUUCAACAUGGAGUAGCGUAGGUGAGUAUUCCUUAUAGACUAACCAAACAACAAUAAUUUAUUAAUCAAAUUAAUACAUAAGAGGAAUUUCAAAUGCAUUAAUAAUGCAAAACAAAUUGUAUUUGAGCAGUUGGGCAGAUAUAGCUCCUAUGGUCUGUUAUAAAUGA